AUGUGGAUGGCGAAUCGACAUAGUGUUGCGAUCCAAGUGUUGAUCUUGGUCGUGUUGGCCCAAUGUACUUUGGGAUUUAUAUCAUCGGGAUUUAUUAGCACAACUGGAUGGUCAGGUGGCAGCACUGGUGGAUGGACAGGCAGUAGUACCACCACUGGUUCCAGUUCAUCAUCAACAUCAAGAGGAUCAUCAAUUGAUAGUGAUGCUUGGAAGGUUUUGAAUGGAAUUGCUAGUGACCUUGGAUUCAAAUGGGGUUCCUCGGGAUCAGCAGCAUGUGGCGUAUAUGGAAACAACAAUGGACAAGCUCUACAAUCAUACAUUCAAUGCAGUGAUGACAAGAGAUCAAUCAUUGGUCUUACAUUCCAAGCUGCACCAUCUGGAUCAUCAAACGGAUGUCCUGGAUUGAAAAAUAAUGGCAAAUACAUCCUUGAUGGCGACUCAUGGAAGGAGUUCCCAUCCUUGCAAAGACUUACUUUUGUGGAUGUCGACUUCUCGAGCACUGUUGAGGAGAAUAUCUUUGAUAGCUCCAUGCCUAAUUUGGUCAGACUGCACUUCUCCAACACUCAAUAUAAGUGUUAUAACAAUUUCGCUGCUGGCAAGACAUUCUCCAAGUCCAUCGUAGACUUGUACAUUGAGAAUGCCAUUGGUACACUGCCAUCAUUCACAUCCGACAACAGGAUUCAAUAUUUCGGUUUGUUCCAAGGUGACAAGUCCGCCCUUGCCUACACGCUCGACACUACAAUAUUCACAGCAAACUUGGCUGUAUACAAUGUAUACAUGUACUCUACACCAACCAUCAAGACGACUAACCUCGAUGGUGGCAAGUUGUUCGCCGGUACUAAGCAACUGAUUGACUUCCAACUCUUUGCACCUGGCUUGUCUACUGACUUCUCAACAUUCUACAAUCUCCCCAAGUCCAUCAAGACAUUCAAACUGGCAAGAUUGCAAUUGAUCAACACAGUCUUCCCAAAGAUUACUGAUGUGACAUGGAACAAUAUUACAACAUUUGCACUUGAGGGAUUGGGCUUCACUGGCACAGUCGACUCACAGUUCUUCUUUGUUCCAGGUUUGGCCACAUUAUCAUUGCGCGACAACCCCUUGCUAGAGAUGAGCUUCCCUGCCAACAUUGGCACAGCCGGCCUCGUCUCCACACUCAUCCUCUCCAACACCAGCAUCUCUGGUCAGAUGCCCACCGACAUCAUCGACAAGCAGAUCCUCACCCGUCUCACACUCACCAACGUGCCCAAGAUGAAGGGCACCAAGCUGCCAGAGUCAUUCCUCUGUCUGCCCCUGUCAUACUUCACCGGCGAGACUGUGCCCGCCUACCUCUUUGACGACUCCACGUUCACCAACUACCAGGGCGCCAGCACUCCACGCAACUGUGUGCCAAGCAUCACCGCCAUCUCGCCAAACCCCAUCCCUAGCAACGCCACAUUCUUCACCAUCACUGGCAAGAACUUUGGUGACAAGCCCAACAUCCAGAUGUCAAACGGCGACGACUACUAUGUGGUCAACAGCAUCCCGCUCGGUGCCAACUCUUUGAUGUGCAACACCCCCGUCUUCUUGCAAGGCGCCGGCUUCCUGACACUCGCCCCCAAGUACAGCCCCAACGCCACCAGCAUCGCAUUCUCAUUCGCCUCCCCAAUGAUCACGUCCAUCUCGUCGCCAUCCACACUUGGUGGCUGGGUCACAUUGACUGGCUUUGACAUGUUGCCAUACAUUGGCAGCCAGAACCCCCCACAGACCUACGUCAAGAUUGGUGCGACCACAUGCUCAGACAUCAGUGUCAUCAAGCCAUUUGAGAAGAUGAUGUGUCGCGUUCCCGCCGGCACCACAUCCAAUGUCGAGGUGGUCAUGUCGAUCAAGGGCCUGUCCAACGACUUGUCCGCCACACCACGCUUCUUCUACCGCGCACCCGCCGUCCAGACAUCCAACGCCGUCACCGCCGGCGCCGACACCAACAUCACCCUCACCGGAUCCGACUUUUGGAACGACGUCUCCAUCAUCAACGUGACCGUCCACUUGGGCGCCAACACAUCGAUCGCCUGUCCAGUGUCAUACGUCAACCACUCGACCGUCGUCUGCGCCUUCCCCGCCACCGCCUUCAUUCCAGGCACCCACAACAUCCAGGUUACCGUGGCCGGCCUCGACUCGCCCGCCAACAACCUGUUCUCCUUCUACGACGAGCAGAUCUGUCCAAAUCACUGCGGUGGCGAGAGUGCUGGCGUGUGCAACGUCGGUUUUGGUCUCUGCAACUGCAAGCGCACUGCCGGACCCUCUUGCUCUGAGGGCUCCAUCGACGUUGUCCUCACAAACAACGCCACUCUGCCCGGACUCAACAUAUCUGCGACCAACCAACCCACCUACCUCUCCGCUUACCUCGUCUCUGUCUACGAGAAUGGCGCCGAGACCAUCAUCCCCUCGUGGAAGGUCAGCGCCAACGGCACCUACACAUGGGCAUCUGGCUCGCGCCAGAUCAACGUGUUCAUGACCGCCAACAACGCGUCGUCACCCCCCGUUCAGGUCGGCGAGGGCAGCAACCUCAACGUCUUUGACAAGACCUUCUCGUACCAAGUGCAGUACUCGUCAGCCAGCGCAUACACCAGCCUUCAGUUCAAGUUUGCCCUGGAGGCCUACCCCCGCGAGUGCGCCACGCCACCCGUGGUCGUCGGCUACCCAACGAUGGGCUCGAACACCUCGGCGCACUGGCUCACGCUCACCAAGUUCAACACGAGCUGGUUCGCUCGUUUCCCUCAGGUCGCGUCGGUCAAUGGCGAGGGAGGCUCGCUCAGCAGCACGAUCAUCAAUCAAGAUGGCCUGGGCAUGCGUGUCGUCUCGGACAUCUCUGGCGCAUCGGACGCCGAGCCCAUCUCAUCGGCAUCGUUCGUCUUUGACUUUAGCGCAUUGACGUCGACUGUUGGCCGCGACCUGGAUGUCAAGUCGUGUCUACCCACCAGCACCGACAAGCCCGUGCAACCAUCGAGCAGCGACAACAAGUGGAAGGUGACCGUUGGUGUCGUUGUCGGAGUUGUUGGCGCGGCAGUCAUUGCUGGCGCCUCCAUCUACAUCUUCAAGCAACACCGUCGUCUCGAACAGACCAAGUCUCUUCUCGACAAGAAGCUCAGCGAACUCAAUCACAACCAACUCUAA